GGCUGGCCUUUUUUGUUCUACUGGAGAAUCCUGCUUGAACGGUGAGCAGGAGCACAACACACCGACGAGAAAUCACAGUGCCGUGGCCAGUCGGCUAAAUCACAGCACCGGGGGGGAUCACGCUGCGGAGGAAGAGUUGAAGCAAACGUUCUCUCCCUCUGACUCUACCGUUAGCAGCUCCAGGGUCAACGGGCAAACCAACAACUGCCAGCUAUCGCCGUUAGCCUCACCUCCUUUGCGGGUCUGGGGGGGUUCUGGUAGGGGCAGGGGGCGGGGGUACACCGAGAAGGGAGAAGACUACACGCCGAGAGGAGGGGGCUGGAAGUCUGAGACGCUUCCAGCCUGAAGGGGCCGGCGGUUUGGCCACAGCACCCCGGGACUAGCUAGCUUGUAUCCGCGCAGCUAAGUGAAUGGGAUGGAGCCGGGACCGUCUGGCGCUGUGCCCUUGGGGGUCUUUCCCCCACCCCUGCAGCAGGUGUUCCAUGCCCCCCGCCGGCCAGGUAUGGGCACCGUGGGCAAGCCCAUCAAGCUGCUGGCCAACUACUUUGAAGUGGAGAUCCCAAAGAUGGAUGUCUAUCACUAUGAGGUGGACAUUAAGCCUGACAAGUGCCCACGACGAGUCAACAGAGAGGUGGUGGAGUACAUGGUUCAACACUUCAAGCCCCAGCUCUUUGGUGACAGGAAACCAGUGUAUGAUGGCAAGAAGAACAUUUACACGGUGCUAGCACUUCCCAUCGGGAGCGAGAAGGUGGAUUUUGAGGUAACUAUUCCAGGUGAGGGUAAGGAUCGAAUCUUCAAGGUGUCCAUCCGUUGGCUGGCCAAGGUGUCAUGGCGCCUGCUGCAGGAAACCCUAGUCAGCGGGCGGCUGCAGGUCCCCCUCGACUCAGUUCAAGCCCUGGAUGUGGCAAUGCGCCACUUGGCCUCUAUGAGGUACACUCCAGUGGGCCGUUCAUUCUUCUCCCCACCUGAAGGAUACUACCACCCACUAGGAGGGGGAAGGGAAGUCUGGUUUGGCUUCCACCAGUCUGUGCGUCCCGCCAUGUGGAAGAUGAUGCUUAACAUUGAUGUGUCUGCCACGGCUUUCUACAAAGCCCAGCCUGUAAUCGAGUUCAUGUGUGAGGUUUUGGACAUUCGCAACAUUGAUGAGCAGCCCAAGACUCUAACAGACUCUCAAAGGGUUCGCUUCACCAAGGAAAUUAAAGGCCUGAAAGUAGAGGUGACCCACUGUGGCCAAAUGAAGAGGAAGUACCGUGUAUGCAAUGUCACCAGACGUCCUGCCAGCCACCAGACGUUCCCCCUUCAGCUUGAAAGUGGGCAGACAGUUGAAUGUACAGUGGCCCAGUACUUCAAGCAGAAGUACAGCUUGCAGCUUAAAUACCCCCACUUGCCCUGUCUACAAGUGGGGCAGGAGCAAAAGCACACCUACCUGCCCCUGGAGGUGUGUAACAUUGUAGCUGGUCAAAGAUGCAUCAAGAAACUGACAGAUAAUCAGACCUCCACUAUGAUUAAAGCCACAGCUCGCUCUGCACCCGACAGACAAGAGGAGAUCAGCAGGCUGAUGAAGAAUGCCAACUUCAACUUGGACCCGUACAUCCAGGAGUUUGGGAUCAAAGUGAAGGAUGAUAUGGCUGAGGUGACGGGCAGGGUGCUGCCGGCUCCUAUUCUGCAGUAUGGAGGACGGAACCGUGCCAUAGCAACCCCAAAUCAGGGAGUGUGGGACAUGAGGGGGAAGCAGUUUUACAAUGGCAUUGAGAUCAAAGUGUGGGCUAUUGCCUGCUUUGCCCCCCAGAAACAGUGCAGAGAAGAAGUGCUCAAGAAUUUCACAGACCAGCUGCGUAAAAUCUCUAAGGAUGCUGGAAUGCCCAUUCAGGGGCAGCCAUGCUUCUGCAAAUACGCACAGGGAGCAGACAGCGUGGAGCCAAUGUUCAGACACCUGAAGAACACCUAUUCUGGACUUCAGCUCAUCAUCGUCAUCCUGCCAGGAAAAACUCCAGUAUAUGCGGAGGUAAAGCGUGUGGGAGACACUCUGCUCGGCAUGGCCACGCAGUGUGUCCAGGUCAAGAACGUAGUGAAGACAUCACCUCAGACUCUAUCCAAUCUCUGCCUCAAGAUCAAUGUAAAGCUGGGAGGCAUAAACAACAUCCUGGUGCCUCACCAACGGUCGGCAGUGUUCCAGCAGCCAGUGAUCUUCCUGGGAGCAGACGUCACACACCCCCCAGCUGGAGAUGGCAAGAAGCCCUCCAUUACUGCUGUGGUAGGCAGUAUGGACGCCCAUCCCAGCAGAUACUGUGCCACCGUGCGCGUCCAGAGACCCAGGCAGGAAAUCAUCGAAGAUUUAUCUUACAUGGUGCGUGAACUGUUAAUUCAGUUCUACAAAUCGACCCGCUUCAAGCCCACCAGGAUCAUUUUCUACAGAGAUGGUGUUCCUGAGGGACAGUUGCCACAGAUUCUCCACUAUGAGCUCCUGGCCAUCAGAGAUGCAUGCAUUAAGUUGGAGAAAGACUACCAGCCUGGUAUCACCUACAUUGUGGUACAGAAACGACACCACACACGCCUCUUUUGUGCUGACAAAUCUGAAAGGAUUGGGAAGAGUGGGAAUAUACCUGCAGGGACUACAGUGGACACCAGCAUCACUCAUCCAUUUGAGUUUGACUUCUACCUGUGCAGCCAUGCAGGCAUACAGGGUACCAGCCGACCAUCUCAUUACUACGUCUUAUGGGACGACAAUCGGUUCACUGCUGAUGAGUUGCAGAUUCUGACCUACCAGUUGUGCCACACGUAUGUUCGUUGUACCCGCUCAGUCUCCAUCCCUGCGCCAGCAUACUACGCUCGUCUUGUGGCCUUCCGUGCCCGCUACCAUUUGGUAGACAAAGAACAUGACAGUGGAGAGGGCAGCCAUGUAUCUGGUCAGAGUAACGGUCGGGACCCCCAGGCACUGGCCAAAGCUGUUCAGAUUCAUCACGACACUCUGAGGACCAUGUACUUCGCCUGAGCGCCACCAGCCAUCAUCACCAUCGUUCCCUCCCACCUCAUUUGUACCUGAGUGGCCAGAUGGUCCACUUCCACCUCAUCCCCAUCCCUUACUCCCAACAACUGCCCACUACACAUCCUCCACAGACCUGCCAGUCACUCAGAUCCAUAAAUAAGGUCCUUCUCCUGUAAAUGCAGGCAGACUCUUCAGCCUCAUGCACUCAAAAGGUUAUGAAUAUUGUUAUUGUCAUUUUGUUGUUUUUACUUUAUCAGGACAAUUGCUCUUUUUACGUUGACUUUUUAAAACGUGGGUAUUAUUGUGUAAUAAUAUUGUGCGCUACCUUCACACUCCUAUGUAUGUAAGUAUGCAAUACAGAUGGGAGGAAAAAUAGGCGAUAGAAAGAAAAAAAAAUCAUGAAAAACUUUUUUAACUGCCACCACGAUGCUGCCUCUUUACCUAUCCGAAAGCCGGAUGCCAGUGUUCCAAGCCCCUUAGUAUGGGGUUCCUCCAGAGGGGUGGUACUGGGCACGCACACUUACAUGUGUCAUUUUAACAUUGUCAUGAACUACAUUCAUGUUUUUAAUUUUUUGUAAUAAUGUUAUUUUCUUUUAAACUGCCUCGAGGAAUCUGAGGUAUGGUACAUUAGCACUUAGUGUUAGCAUGUAGGUGCCACCAGUCCUGCACAUAAAGAGCUUGUUAGUAUAUGUGAGGCUAGCCCCCUGGUCUUGAUAUUAGCAGAGACAGAAGGAGCAGGUGUAGCAUAUCAUAGAAAAAAGUUAAAAGUGCUGUUGCACUCAGUCCUUGUUGGCCAGUCCCUAGAGAUUUCGCCUAUAGAAGCAAGCUUAGCAUAAGAGUAGAGGGACCAUUUGCAUAGAGUGUAUCAAAUAUACUUGCACCCCAUGCACCUAAACCAGCAUAAUUAACCAGCCAAAAGUAAUGCCAACCAAUGGAAAAGGGGCACUUAAACGGGAAGAUAUUUUAUUUCUUUAAACAUUGCUCUUUUAGGAUUUACGAGGCACUUUUUUUUUUGUCUGCUUAUUGAUAUAUUUUACUUCAAAAUGGUGAACUUCUUUCAUGAGACUUGACACAGAGUACUUUGGAGUUUAACAUCCACAUUUGCAUAACUUUCAGAACAAUGGCAAUAGACAAGGUCAACACUACUCUGUACAUCUGAAAACAGGAAAACGUACAGUCUGUAAUCACUCAAGUGCUGCAAAGCUGAGCUUGCAUUCAGCCACUGACCUUGCUCUGAUCGUUCUGUUCAUUUUAACAUGUAUUGGUGGAGAUGACGCCACAUAGUGCAUUCUUCACUUCUUCCCACGCAAUUCUUUGCGUACCUAUACACACACCUCCCUUUUCCGUGUCCCGUUUUUAAACAGCUCUUCCCUCUUCAGGCAUUUACAACUCAUAGCCUGGACAAUAGAAGCACAUACAUAGAGUAUGCCCUCUUAGAUGUCUUAGCAUGUAGAGACCAACAUGGUCAAACGCACUUGUCCCCAUAUUUCCCCUCAGCUCAAACUAUUACUCAUUGGCUUCUCUGUCAUCACUUUCUAUCCUUGCUGUCUGUUUUCAUGUUUGGCAUCACAUACCUUACAGCAUCCCCUGCCCCAAUCCCCUACCCUGUGUUAGCCAGUCCCUAUUGGUGCUCUGUGUGCAUGGGCGGCACAGAUAGGGGAUUGCUACAUUGGACAGGGUGGGCUUUUUUUUUUUUUAACUACUACUUAAUAUGUCCUGCCUUUACAUCAACUCACAAUCUAGAUAUAUGGAAAAAAAUUGCAUGUAAUUAUUAUUUUUUAUUGACUGGAUAUUCUGAGCCACCUUACUUUGGUCUUCUUAGAGGUAGGAGCCUUGUGCUCAACACUGCCUGUCAGUUGUUUUGCCUCAAUUGUGUAAUGGUUGUUAAGACUAUUUCUUUUUUUUUUUUUUCAUUAUUAUUAUGAAUAUUGUGACUAUUGUCAGAGUGUAUCCUCAAGAGGGCACUGUGGAGACGGUCUCAAAAUUCCACCUCACUUGCCCCUAAAGCGCCUCAAAUCUUGUCUGAUGGUCAGAGCCCCUUAUAGUUGAAAGGGUUUAGAAGAUAUGAGAUCAGAUUAGUGUGAUUUUUAAAUCAUGUUUAUGAACUUGCAUAAUCAGAAUGCCUUUGUACACCGUUUUACUGAUCCUUCAUUGUGUCCAAGGUGAUUUGUAUAUAUAAAUAUGUAAUAUUUACCUCUUAUGUAUUUUGGCCCAACACAAGCCGGGCCUUUCACAGUUGGGGCCGGUAUUCCAACUCCACUUCUGUGCUAAACAAAAAUCAGUCUGGGACAUUUCCCAGCACCACUGAAACCAGAUGCAGUUAUUCACUCACUGAAGCCACAAAAGCACCUUGCAAAGGGAGACUCAAAAUUACAGUCACCCUAGAAAUGUAUUGUGGAAACAGGAGAGACCACUCCUCUCCACACAGCCUCAUGGUCUGACUAAGCAAUAUUGAAGCCACUGAUCAAGAACAGUCCUUGUCAUAGCACUUCCCAAUAGAUUUGAAUGAAAGGACAUGGAAGCAUAUUACUUUGGCUCUAUGUGUGAUAGUAUGGGAACUCUGUUGGGGAGGGUUAUUUUUUAAAAGAAAAAUAAAAUUGUUUUUUUUAUUA